CUCCAACCAUGCCUGCAGGUGCCAUCCCCGCUGUGCCCACUCUGCCGCCUGCCCUUCGACCCCAAGAAGGUGGACAAGGCCACCCACGUGGAGAAGCAGCUCUCAUCCUACAAAGCGCCCUGUCGAGGCUGCAACAAAAAGGAAGCCGGCCCAGGCGCCUCCCUCCCCUCCGUCUUCAUCUCUCCCUUCCCAUCGUGAUGACUGAUGGGGGCCAGCCGGUGGGUGCAGCACCAUUAGGGCCGCCUGGCCUGGGCCAAGGGAACCCAUGUGGGUGGUGGCCAGUGAAGGGAUGGGGCCUGAGCUGAAACCUUCCCAUGCAGCCUUCCCCUGCCAGCUGAUACCGGGACAGCACUGGGGACUCCAAGGUCACCAGGGCCACAGGCAGAGUCAAGGACAUAUAAGGGCCGAGCACCAUCCAGCUGCCAGCAGUGCCAGAGCUGGGCAGGUGGGCGCCGCCACACCACAUCAGAGCAGCCCAAGGGCCUGCCACUUGUCAUGGGCCUCAGUGGCCCCCAUUCUCUGUCCUGCCCUGGAGCCUGGCCUGUGCCCCACAGCCCUCCCUAGCACACUCACCUCAGGGUGGGGAGGCCCCAGCUAGUGGCUGUUUCUUUCAGCGGCUUCCGAGGGACUGAGCGGUUAUAAUUGGUUUUGAAUUAUUUCUCACACUGCCGCGUCUCAGGUUAUUAAGCUCUACAAAGUACUCACACUGGAACGCGGCCACUCGGGGCCUUAUCCUCAAGGUCAGAGGUCCAGACAUCCAGAGGCUGCCCCAGAUUCCAGAGUGGCGAGGCUGAGCAGGCUGUGGUCUCAGGUGCUUGGGUACCCCGUCUCCUCCCUGCUCAGCGUUCCUCUCUCCUGGGCAGACAGACAGGAUCAGAACGGGUCACAUGCAGAGCGGCCUCCCCACACCACAGCGGUCGAUUCUCUAACCUGGGUCUUCUCGCGCAGCUGUGUCUCCCGGAACCUUGCCGGGAGGGGAUGUGGCGCACCCCUCAGAGUCCAGCAGCCCUGGGCAGAGCUGGGUGUCAGGCUUGUGUCCAGGAGGACCUCGGGCACCUGCAGUCUGGCAGCCUGUUGCCCUGGAUGUCAGGUGGGCUGUUGGUGGAGGAUGGUGCCGUGUCCCAUGGAAGGAUUCUCAGCCUGCCUCUCAGUUCCACGGAGUGUCUGCCCCAGCUUGGGGCAUGUGCUGAGUGGCAAGGCUUCGUGGCCUCCACUUGGCUGCUUCCUUUUUCUGGAGCAUGUAUGUGAACCACGCCGAGCUCUGCCUCCCCCAGGUGCCAGAGACAGCCUUGCCUGCCUCCCGCCGCCUUCUCAGGCCAGGUUCUGCCCUCGGCCAGACCAUCCUCCGGUGACCUGCUUUUGGCCAUGGAGUAGCGACUGCUCCGUGCCUGUGAUCUAGCAGGGAAGGACCGGGUCCCCUCUGCUGGCAACACAGCUGCUUGCUUGCAGUUUUCUGGUCCUGGACACCUGAGGUCUCGGCCUUCCCAGGACAGCUCUUCCAUAUCCUCAGGACUGCCUUGCCCUCCUGCCCUGUCUCCUAGGUGACCCUGGCAAAGAUGAGAGGGCACAUUUCCUCCUGCCUGAAGGUCCAGGAGCAGAUGGCCAACUGCCCCAAGUUCGUCCCCGUGGUGCCCACAUCCCAGCCCAUCCCCAGCAACAUCCCCAACAGGUCCACCUUCGCCUGCCCGUACUGUGGUGCCCGCAACUUGGACCAGCAGGAGCUGGUGAAGCACUGUGUGGAAAGCCACCGCAGCGACCCCAACCGUGUGGUAUGCCCCAUCUGCUCGGCGAUGCCCUGGGGGGACCCCAGCUACAAGAGCGCCAACUUUCUGCAGCACCUGCUGCACCGGCACAAGUUCUCCUACGACACCUUUGUGGACUACAGCAUUGAUGAGGAGGCUGCCUUCCAGGCUGCCCUGGCCCUGUCUCUCUCUGAGAACUGAAAGGGGCAGCACAGCCACCUGCCCCUGUCUGGGGUCAAGGAUGCCCCUGCUCGAGGGACAGGGCUGGGCUCCUGUGUCACACCUGGCAUCUCCUCAGGAGCACGCCUCACCGGCCCAGGAGGAGCCUGCACCUGUGCAGGAGGGGAGACGGGCCAGCCGCCUAGACCGCCAGAGCAGGGCCACCUGGUCCCGCCAGCGUCGCUGGCUCAUUCGGUGCUUCUGGCCAAGCAGGCGGCCUCCUUGGGCAGGGCUGGCCGCUGGGACCUGGAGCAGUCGCUGUCUCUUCAAAGCCAUGAUGCCCCCGCGUGGGAAGAAGGGACCAGUGGUGUCUGAGCUGCACCCGGCAGUAGAGCCAGGAGGAACCCCAGCUGCCGCCCUGCCCGCCCCGGCCCCGCUUCCACCUUGCGCAUUUGGUACUGGCUUUUGUGAUACUUAGGAAUCCUGGCAUCUUUUCUAUACGAUCCGGUGUGAUAAUCUUUUCACAUUUUAUAGAGCAAAGACAGAGCAGUGACUCUUCAUACUGCAAUAUCUGUGUUUGACUAGGGAUAAUAGUAUUUUUAUGGAACAUUUACAAAAUUAUAUUUUUUAAAAGAAACAAAACAAGCAUUGUGGGAUUGGGGCAAGGAGGAAAGGAGCAGCGGGGCCUGCUGGAGCUCAGGCGAGCCUCAGGCCUGCCCGGGCCACCCAGCCUGUCUGGGUCCUUGAGGUUUGCGUGUUUCUCUUUGAUAACCGGAAGAAAUCCCAGCACCCCAGGCACCUGCAGCGGCUGCUCCCAGGAGAGGCAGGGCCGGCAGAGCAGGGGCCCCUCCUGACCUCAGCCCACUGUCACCUUCCCAGCUGACUGUGCCCCACUGCCCGAGGGGACUUGGCCCUAGCGGUGCGGCGCUCCAGGGCCUGGCCGGGGCCUGCGUGGUGGGCCGGGCAACGCGUCAGCACUCUUUUCUGUUCUUGGCAUUAAUUGUUGCUGUCUUUUUUUAAAAUAAAAGUUUAAAUAAAA